UAUGGCUUCCUCUAGACUGCGUUUCUUUCUUUCUCUAUAUUUCAUUUACUAUUUUGAUCUCACCGUUGCCGAUGAGCUACAAUCUCUGUACCAUGACUGUUAUGUCAACAAUGGUAAUUAUACCACCAAUAGUACUUACAAGGCAAACCUCAAUCACCUUCUAAAUUCCCUCACCAACACUACCCCCAUAUACAAUGGAUUUUACCAUUCCUCUUAUGGGAAAAAUCCUGACAAAGUUUAUGGAAGUGCAAUCUGCAGACCAGACAUGGAUCCGGACACUUGUCGCGAUUGCGUAACUGUCGCGACUCGGAACCUGGCAUCUCUCUGUCCCAACUUUAGGAUGGCGAUCGGCGGAUAUGAUGAUUACAACUAUACCAACUGUAUGUUACGUUAUGCAUACUAUGACAUGAUAGGCGUAAUGGAAAACGCUCCUUAUUUUUUUGUGUAUUCACUAAGUAACAUUACAGAAAAUGUGGAAGAGUUCAAUCAGACACGGCAGAGCUUGUUGCAGAGGCUAAUAAGUCAGGCUACAGCUGGGGGUUCUAACAAGUAUGCUGCUGGAGAAGAAGCUGUUUCAACUAUUGUAACAUUAUAUGGACUUGUCCAGUGUACUCCUGACUUAACCGAAAGUAAAUGCAAUGAGUGCCUCAUUGAUGCUAAUAAACUUUUGCCAAAUUGUUGUGAUACAAGGCAAGGUGGAAGAGUAAUUACCCCAAGCUGUAGUUUUAGAUACGAGACAAACGAAUUCUACGAGUCUUCAAUUGCAGGACCUCCAGUCUCCCCUCCUACACCAUCAACCAAUACCACAACUCAGAAAGGAAAGAAUAAUUAUAUUAUCAUCAUUAUAGUGGUUGUUUCGGUCGUUACAUCUGUGAUACUAAUCAUAGGCAUCAUCAUCCUUUUAAGAUGGAGGAAACGGAAGGAGAAAAAUGAAAAUGUGGAAGAAAUAAAAGAUACAGAGUCCUUGCAGUUCGACUUUGGCACCAUCCAGAUUGCCACAGAUAACUUCUCUGAUGAUAAUAAGCUUGGACAAGGUGGAUUUGGUGUGGUAUACAAGGGCACGCUUUCCAAUGGACAACAAGUAGCUGUCAAGAGACUGUCUAAGAAUUCUAAACAAGAUCCAAUCAAAUGUGAAUAUAUGGACUGGGAAAGGCGUUACAAGAUCAUAGGGGGCAUUUCUCGAGGGCUACUCUAUCUCCAUGAAGACUCUAGACUUCGAAUUAUUCACCGUGAUCUCAAAGCAAGUAACAUUUUGUUAGAUUUAGACAUGAAUCCGAAAAUUUCCGAUUUUGGGAUGGCAAAAUUGUUUGAAGUAGAUGAAAGUCAAAGUGAUACAAAUCAAGUCGUAGGAACCUUUGGGUAUAUGGCUCCAGAGUAUAUAAAGUAUGGGCGAUUCUCAGUUAAGUCUGAUGUCUAUAGCUUUGGUGUUCUACUUUUAGAAAUUGUAAGUGGUCAGAAGAGAAGUGGUUUUGGAAGCAAAGACGAAUCAGACGACCUUCUAACUUAUGCAUGGAAAAGUUGGAAUGAAGAAUCGACUGUAAAUCUAAUAGAUCCUACUAUGAGGGAUAGUCCAACAACAGAAAUGAUAAAAUGCAUCCACAUUGCGUUAUUAUGUGUUCAGGAAAGUGCAUCUGACAGACCAACCAUGGGUUCAGUUGUUUUCAUGCUUAACACCGACUUUGUCAAUCUCCCAGCGCCUUCAAAACCUGGAUUCUAUAUGCAUAGUUCAUCAAAACCAGUGACCACAUCAUCAUCUUUAGAGCGUUCUGGGUCAAGUAACUUGAAUCGACACCGAAUUGAAGGAGUCCCAUUAUCACAAAAUGAGGUUUCAAUUACCGAGCUAUAUCCUAGAUAGUAUGAGUGAAGGUGAAGUAUUCAUUAUGCAUUUUUGUUCUUCUAUGUUAUGUUAUCACUCUGCUCCAAUAUGCGUUGUAUUUAUUCCAAAACAGAGUUAUGCUC